AUCGAGGAGAGUUGAGGCCAGAGAAAGAUGAGUGGAGUGGCCUCAUUCAACAACAGCUCUUCAUUUUCCAAUGAGACAGAAAGCUGUAAUCCAGUCACCACCGUGUCCCAUCUCUUCUUCAUACCCAUCCUUAGUUUGGUGUUUCUGGUGGGUUUACUUCUCAACAGCUUCACCAUGAAGUUUUACUUCUGCCGAGCUCAUCAUCGGGUAUCCAGCAGCCUGACGGUCUACCUGAAGAACCUGACGGCCGCUGACUUCCUGCUCUGUCUCAGCCUGCCCAUCCGCAUCACCAACUACGCCAGUGCGUCCGUCACCAUCCAUGUGCUGUACUGCAGCAUCGGGGCUUCUGCACUCUUCCUCAAUAUGUACGCCAGCAUCCUCUUUAUGGGGUACAUCGCUGCCAACAGGUAUCUAAAAAUUGUUCAUCCUUCAGGAACUCACGUCCUACAGACGGUACGAGCCGCCCACAUCAUUUCCGGGGUCACCUGGGUAUUCCUCCUGAUCCCUGCGAUCGUUUACAUCAUCCUCUUUAUCAUCGCCCAGAAUCUGACCUCUAAGUCCACCCACUGCGAUUUCCAGGUCAACCUGCUGGAUAAAAUAGUCCACGUCAGUGCAAUCAUCAUCUUUAUGUUGGUCCUCGUAUCCCUGGUCUUCUUCUACCACAGCACCUCCCGCAGGGUGUUGCUGGCACAGCAGAGGCAGCCGACCUCCUCGGGCUCCAGAAAGUUAGUGAAGUCUCGCAGGAACAUUUUAGUGCUGGUCAGCAUCUUCUGUGUUUGCUUCGUCCCGUAUCACCUGGUGCGACUUCCCUAUACUUUUCAGUGGAACUGCUCUGUGAAGCUGAUGCUAUACAACCUGAAGGAAGCGACGACAAUAGUGUCAGUUCUCAACAUCUGUCUGGAUCCGCUCGUUUACUUUUUCCUUUCUAAGGCUUUUCGGGCCCAGGUGAGGAGGAGGACGCUGUCCAGGAAGAAACGGGCCGACGUCCGACAAAUGAACAAGGAAAGCGAGAGCAGCGAGGAGCAGCAACAAGCCUAACCAGUGAACUGUGAAGAAACAUUCAGCCUUUUAUAACACGCUCAGAUUUGCUAUUUGUUUUUAACCUCGAACACUCGACGUGGUGCCAGCGAUCAGUGUCUGAAAGACUGAUUCAAACUUUUAAAAGAACCAAGAGGACGUUUGAUUGAGUGUUUUAUUUUAAAGGAUAAAUGAAAGGACAUUAUGUCCUUAUUGCUUUUGCUUUUUAUAAUAUAAUACCUGCAGGUUUUCUAAAUGUUAGUUUAUAGUUUUAUUUCAUUUUGUUUUGCUCUUAGAAAACAUUUAAAGUUUAUAAGGUCACGUGUGCACUGAAUCCUCCCUCCAGUAAUCCUGAGCUGCUUCUUCUUCAUUCACUUUGUGUUCACACAGCAGCACUGUACUUAUUAAACCCUGGCUCUGUGUGCGCUGUGUCUUUUGUCUUAGUUGUAUAUAAAGAUGUUUGUAUGUCUGUGGCAUGUCUGAGUCUGUGCUGCCUCUCACUGUGAAAACAAACAGGAAAUGGGUCAGAGUGGAAGUGUGGCCACUGUGUGCGUGUGUGUCAGAGUGCAGAGUGGAAGUGUGGCCACUGUGUGCGUGUGUGUGUGUGUCAGAGUGGAAGUGUGGCCACUGUGUGUGUGUGUGUGUGUGUGUGUGUGUGUGUGUCAGAGUGCAGAGUGGAAGUGUGGCCACUGUGUGUGUGUGUGUGUGUGUGUGUGUGUGUGUGGAGUGAUUGGAUUCGUUCCAGUUUUGAAGCAUUUAAAGGCCUCUGUGUCAGAGAUUUUCACUGAUCGAUAAAUUCCACAAACUCCCAGCAUGCAGUGCAGCGCUGUAGUGGCUGAUAGUGACAGGAGGGACAGCUGUGAAACCAGAACAUUCAAAUUAAAUCUCAGAUCAAAUCAGUUCUGUUCAGCUCGAGUUGACCAGCUGACUGACGACAGGUAAUGUAGCCCUGAGCCUUUGGGAACAACGUGCAGAUCAAUCAGAGAUCCGGUUUGUGGUCCACAUUUAUAGAUCAGGCUAAAGUUUCCCUUCAGCAGGGAGGAUGAAAUGUUGCAGAGACGGGACAGUUGUCAGUGAGUGAUUUUGUGUCAAAAAGAGAUGGUGUGAGAUAAUGUUAGUCCCAGUGAGAGGCUUUUAAAACCAAGUGGAGUGUAGAUACGUGCGUGCAAUCUGUUUACCACAAACUCACGCAACACCUCUGAGUUUUCUGUGGUUGCAUUUUCUUGCCUCUAGCUGUGAACAAACAGGAAAUAAGUCAGUGUGGCCAGAGAGAGUGUGUGUGCGUGUGCGUGUGUGCGUGCGUGUGUGUGCGUGCGUGUGUGUUGGUACUCCAGGUGAGGUCAUCCUAGCAUCUUUCACGCUGCUGGAUUUUCUUCUUAGUAAAAACAAAUUUUUUAAGGACUCAGCGACCUCGAAGCAGCAGGCUCAGCACCACAGCUGCGUCCAGCAUUCACACAGAUGUAAAGUUGUGAUCACGAUGACUGUUGCCGGCUCAGAAUGUGGGAGUCCUGCUGCGGUUCGCACGUGUGAACAGCCUCACACUCCAACGUGGUGUCUGUUACAGACACAUCAGAGCUUCGGUUUCAAACACAGGGGCAUUUCUCCUGAGCUGUGUUCUUUUGUCACAGACAAAUAUCAA